CGUGAUACAUUGUUUCUUCCCGCCCACUCACACAAGAGUCGGAGACGGAGUGGCUGAAGUGCUGUAUAGGCUGAGACUGAGCAUGCGCAGUGACACGUGAAGGCAUUUAAAUGUUUUGCAGCUCCACAGAUAUUGCAGCUUCGCUCAGAGGCUCUUCAAGCGUAAACCACUGUAAACACACGUAACGACUGCUUUUCUCUAUCCAGCAUGAUCUGCUGGACUCUCUCCACGCUCCUGGCGGGGGUGGUCGCCCUCUGGGUCUGGCAGAGGAUGUUCUACCCCUACUUUUGGAUCGACUUGAUUUAUUAUUUAAAGCUGCAGAUGGUGGGGAAGGCGACCAUGUCGAGGAUGAGACGGGGGGUUAUCACUUACCUCGACCGUUUCCUCCUGCAGGCGGGGAAGACGCCCGAGAAGCCCUUCAUAGUGUUUGAGGAGCAGGUCUUCACCUACAGGGACGUGGACGUGCGGAGCAACAAGUUUGCCAGCGUGUUCAGGACUGAGGCGGGUUUUAAACACGGGGAUAUUGUGGCGGUGUGGAUGAGCAACGAGCCGGACUUUCUGUGCGUCUGGUUCGGGCUCUGCAAGCUGGGCUGCGAGGUCGCUUUCCUCAACUCCAACAUAAAACCCAAAGCGCUGAGGCACUGCUUCCAGACCUGUGGAGCCAGGGCGCUGGUGGUGGGCGCAGAUUUAAUCAGCUCUCUGGACGACGUUCUUCCAACCCUCUCAGACAGCGCUAUUGAUGUGUGGGUGAUGGCUGAAAACUCCUCAAAUCACAAAGUCAACACAUUACUGGACAAAGUAGAAUCAGCCUCAGAGGAGAAGCCACAAAUAGACGUGCCGCCGCCAAAGAUCACGUCCAACUUCCUGUUCAUUUUUACUUCAGGCACCACAGGACUUCCGAAAGCUGCUAGGGUCAGUCACAUCAAAGCAGUGAUGAGCAUGGCUUUCCUCCGCCUGUGUGGAGCCACCGAAAACGAUACCAUCUAUCUGACCCUUCCUCUUUACCAUAUGGCCGCCUCUCUCCUGGGUAUUGGUGGCUGCAUUGAUCUAGGAGCUACAUGUGUGCUGAAGAAGAAGUUUUCUGCUAGCCAGUUCUGGAAGGACUGCAUCCAGUAUAACGUCACAGUGUUCCAGUAUAUUGGAGAGCUCUGUCGAUACUUGGUGAAUCAACCCAAGACGGCAGAGGAGAUGGCCCAUAAUGUGCGUAUUGCUGCAGGGAGUGGUCUCAGAGCAGAUGUGUGGAAGGAGUUUUCGAGACGCUUCGGGAAAAUCCAGAUCCGCGAGGGAUACGGCUUAACCGAGGCCAGCGUUGGCUUUCUGAACUACACCGCUGAAAUCGGACCCAUUGGCCGAGCCAGUUAUUUCAACAAGAGAACUAUACCUUUUGAAUUUUUGAAAUGCCACCUAGAAACAUAUGAGCCUGUCCGGACAGAUACAGGACGCUGUGUAAAAGUGAAAAAGGGUGAAACUGGUUUGCUGGUGGCCCCAAUAACUUUCAUCAACCCUUUUCUUGGUUAUGCGGGUAACGAGGCCAUGUCUGAGAAGAAGCUGCUGAGAGACGUUUUUAAAAAGGGUGAUGUAUACUUCAACACCGGAGACCUGAUGAUGCAGGACCAUCGAGACUUUGUCUACUUUAAAGACAGGAUUGGAGACACAUUCAGGUGGAAAGGAGAGAACGUGGCCACCACAGAGGUGUCGGACGUUUUAGGCUGUUUGCAUUUCCUGCAGGAAGUGAACGUCUAUGGUGUCACUGUUCCAGGAUAUGAAGGAAGAGCUGGAAUGGCUGCUAUAGUCAUAAAAGAAGGCCAUGAUUUUGAUGGAGAAAGCCUGUACAAUCACUUGGUACAGAAUCUUCCUGCAUACUCAUGGCCCUGGUUUUUGAGAGUACAGACGUCCUUGGACAUGACUGAGACCUUCAAGCAGCAGAAGAAGAAGCUAGUAGAGGACGGUUUCUGCCCACAGGCCAUCCAGGACCCACUCUACUUUCUUGAUGGUUCUAAGAAAACCUACGUCCAGCUCUCUCAGAGUUUAUAUGAUGACAUCAUCACAGGCAAAAUUCGACUCUGAACAGAUGAUCAAGAGACAGGUGAAAGAAGAAGCACCUGAGUUUGGAUUUUAUUCACACCAUGACAUGGAAAACCCAGGGUUGUGUUUCCCUCUUUUUUAAUACAGAGACAAUGUUGUUAUUUGUUCUAUUCAGGGCUUAAGUUGUAAAGUUAAAUUAUGUAUGUUUAAAUAAUAUAUUAACUGCAACAAAUUUUUUCUUAUACACAUUUUAUUGAUAUAUAUAUAUAUAUAUAUAUAUAUAUAUAUAUAUAUAUAUAUAUAUAUAUAUAAACAAAAUGGUGCUACUGUCUACUAUCAACAAACACAGAAAACCUGAUGAGAAGGAUUAAACAAACAAAAAUCCUCCCAGUACAACCAAAACAGUACUCAGUAAUAUUUGAUUUAUUAUCCCUUUCAUAAAGUAACCAUAUUUCAACCAUUUUCUCUUAGGAGAAACCAGUUAAAUGCUUUACUGUGCAUUAAGUGCCUUUAUGAAUGUAUACUUCAUGAAAUGUAUAAAUGUCUAAAUUAAGCACAUCUCAGCUUUUUAAUGUAUAAAACAUUAAUGCAUUAAUUAAUGCAUAAAAAUAAAAAAAUAUUUUUUCUCCCUAAAGAGAGAAAUGGUCAAUAUAUAAUUAUUCAUUGGAGGGUCUCAAUUGCAACACAAAAAGGUAAUUUGCAUAUUUCAUCCCACACAGAAGUCAAAUGAAUCUCUCUGACUAACAAGUGUAAAUGCAUGUGGCCUAAAAAUGGAAUCAGGAUACAAUCCAGAUACAAAUCACAGGAAGUGACCUGGUGUAAACGGGGACAAAACUCACAGGUUUCAUUCCCUGUGGAAAUUGUUAUAUAGUAGGUGAUCUCAGCUGUGAGUAACAUUAGCCCUCCUAAUAGUAGGCCUAUUUCAGUGUUAUUUUUAUACAGUACAGACUGUACAUGCGAGAACUAAUCCUCUAUACAUCCUAUUCAUCCUGUCCUUUCCAUCACUGAGUUACUGUGUGUCCUGUGUUAUCCCCUAUAUACAUAAAUCUAACUUUCAGGCUUUUAAUGCACUUUUAAUUUCAUUUUAACCCCAGUAUAGUUGAUUUUAAACUAUCCAUGUCCAAGUAUUUAUUAAAAAGUCUAAAACGUAACUAUUUUAGCUAAAGAUAUACAGUGCUUAUCUUAAAAAAUGUAUCAUGACUAGCCUGAACUUGUUGUCUGGGAAACAGUCACUUUGUAUUGUGAUGCUGCAGUCCUUUUAUACUUGAAAUUUAACAUGCCUCUUUUUUAAAACUGACAGAUUAGUGCAUAAUACUGUACUGUUGCAUAUAUUCAUUGAGAGAUAGCAGAGAGAAAUUCAAUGACAAGUCUUACCAUAAUUACCUAAAAUAUCUUACCAUAUUUAGUUUAAAACCAGGCUUUCUUAUGCUGGCUUGCUUCUUAUUUUAUGUAAUUUUCAAGGUAUUCAUGUAUUAAGAGUACAUGGUUUCCAAAGCUGCGUAAAAAUAUUUUAAUUUCUGUACCUUUUGCUGCUAAAUCUGGAGGUGUGUGUUUGGAUCACCUUUUAAUCCUGUUUUUUUUUUCGUCACUCAUCCUAAACUGCAUUUUUCUACAUUACAAAUGAUUAUAAAAAAUUCAUACUAGAAAUUGUAACCAUCUGUUUAAGAUGAAAAGAUUAAUGACAUGAUUGUUUUAAGAUGCUUACUGGAAAUAAAAUGAAUCAUUACUGCUCUUAAA